UACCACAUUCUUAAACAGAAAGUUAUCAAAAUAAAAAAGAUUAAAAUGCAGUUCAGAAGUCAUUGAUAAUUAACCAUAAUUUGUAGAUCACAGAAAUGCUAUAAAGAUUAAAGUGAAUUGGAAAUGGUAACUGGGACAGUGGCUGCGUCACUGAUCAGUGUGGGCUGAAGAGUGGUUUGUUCAUCCAUAGGCAUAUUUGUUGUGUGAAGUUUUGAGCUGAAAGGGAGAAGACUUGAGGUAAAGUGGAAAGGAAAAAGCAGGGUAUUUUGGGAACAGUGACUAGAACUCUGGCCUGUAGGAGGAAUCCCAGGAUUGCAUAGGAUAAAGAGGGUUGAAGCCAGGGGAGGGGAAGAGGAGGUUCACAGUAAUGUGAUAAAUGUUCUCCGAGUCAACUCUCUUUGAAUUACUCAUUUCCGCUGUUGCAUAAAAGAGACUAAGAUAAGCUAAAAUGGUGUAGUGGAAAGGGAUGAACUGUCAGGAGAGGUCAGUUCUAGUUUUCACUCUAGUUUAUUUAGCUUUAUAGUUUUAAGCAAAGUAGAAUCUCACUGGGUCUUAGAUGCUCAUGGUCUUUGCUGAAAAAAAUAAAUUUAUAUGUGUUGUGACAGAUUCUUUGUAGCACAUUAGGGGUGAUAAACUGUAUUAAACCUGCCUCCUGCACUAAAAGAACCUAUGGAUUUUUAAGCUGUUUGCAGAUAAUUUGGGGAGUAAAUUUAAAAAUACUACGAGUUCUUGGUUUUUACUCUGUUGCAAUGCUCUUAGGAAACAGAUAUUUUCUUAGCAAAUUUUUCUUGUGGAUUGGCAGGUAAAUUCUACACAUUCAGCCACAUAAUACAUCCAUGUAUAAUUCUGUUAAAAUAACUUUAGUGUAAUGUAAGGAGGCUUAUAAAAAUAAUUUGGGGGAAGAAAUCUCAAAAGCACUUUACUAGCAGACUGGAAAGCUUGUCAUUUAUCAUAACACUUUCACUUUUUUAAUACUUCAUGUGAAAUUGGGAAACAGAUUCUGAAGCGUCCUAUUUUAAGUGAUCAUUUAUAAAUAAGUUCUAAAAAUCAUUUAGCAUAUGAUAGUUGUGCAUGCUAAUGGUGCAUGUUGCUGCGCCUCUUGGUGGUGACAUCAAGGAGCACUUUGUGUCUGGUGACACUGCACACUGCCUGGAGUGAAGCUGCUCAUGGAGCAUUUCUGGCACCCCUGAUAGUUGGCUCUGUCAUCUCUCCUGAGCUCCUUAACUCUCUCAGCCUUGGUUUCUACAUUUGUGCAAUAGGAAGGAUAAUAGUAGUUUUCAAAAUGUUCUUAUAUUCAUUAUUUGCCUUGACACAAUGAUUUCUCUCACUUUACAGAUAGAACUGAAGGCUCAGCUAAAAUAGAAGGCUUGUUUAAGUCAUCUAAUUUUCUCCAGAGACCAGACUUAAACUCCAGAACCUCUAAAAUGCAGGCCUCUGGCUCUCGGGCUGUGCACCUGAGUGAAUGGCAGAAGAAUUACUUUGCAAUUACAUCUGGCACAUGUACAUCAGAACAGAAGGCAGAUGCCUACCGAGCACAGAUAUUACGCAUUCAGUAUGCAUGGGCAAACUCUGAGAUCUCCCAGGUCUGUGCUUCCAAACUGUUCAAGAAAUAUGCAGAGAAAUACUCUGCAAUUAUUGAUUCUGACAAUGUUGAAACUGGCUUGAAUAACUAUGCGGAAAAUAUUUUAACUUUAGCAAGAUCUCACCAAACUGACAGUGACAAGUGGCAGUCUGGAUUGUCAAUAAAUAAUGUUUUUGAAAUGAGUAAAGUACAGGAGAUGAUGCAAGCUGGCAAGAAAUUCAGAGACUCUUUGUUGGCACCUGCUGAUGCAUCGGUAAUAAUCCAUAAAGAGGCUGUUGCCUCUAGUUUUCCUAAAUUUAGUGUUUGUGGAGGUUCUGGGGAGAGUGGCCCAUUAGCUAACUCAGGUCAUGGUACAGAUAGGACCCAAGACAUUUCAGAGAGCAAUCCUUUCAAGUACCCUCAGAAUGCCCAGCCACCUGUGGUGACUAACACCAGUCAGGUGUGUCCUACAUUCCCAACACCUUUUGGUGAGUUAGCCACUGCAAAAUUCCAUGCCACACCAUUAUUUGGAAAUGUCAAAAGGGAAACUAGUGGCUCUCCAAAAGCCAGCAAAGGACAGCAUACAUUCUUGUCUAAUCAGUCUUGUUUUCUUGCUGGCUGUGAAAAUCCACGGGAAAGGAAAGCUUUUUAUGGUUCUGGUACCAUUGAUGUGCUUUCCACCCCAAUACAGAAUAAGGCUUUUAGUAAAACAGAAGAUAGUGGCCAAGGAGAGGAGAACAACCUGCCUACUUUUAAAACUGCCAAAGAGCAAUUAUGGGUGGAUCAGCAAAAAAAGUUCCACCAACCGCAGCGUGCAUCAGGGUCUUCAUAUGGUGGUGUCAAGAAGUCUUUGGGGGCUAGUAGAUCCCGAGGAAUAUUUGGAAAGUUUGUUCCUCCUGUACCUAAGCAAGAUGGGGGAGAUGAGAACAGCGGAGUGCAGUAUAAGCCCUGUGGUGCAGCAGCCACAGAGCCAGCACAGCCAGAGGAGCGUCUGAAGAACUUGGAGCCAAAGAUGAUUGAACUGAUUAUGAAUGAGAUUGUGGAUCAUGGCCCUCCGGUAAAUUGGGAAGAUAUUGCAGGGGUAGAAUUUGCCAAAGCCACGAUAAAGGAGAUAGUUGUGUGGCCUAUGAUGAGGCCAGACAUCUUUAUUGGUUUACGGGGACCCCCUAAAGGAAUUCUGCUGUUUGGUCCUCCUGGGACUGGUAAGACUCUGAUUGGCAAGUGCAUUGCUAGUCAGUCUGGGGCAACAUUCUUUAGUAUCUCUGCUUCCUCCUUGACUUCUAAGUGGGUAGGUGAGGGGGAGAAAAUGGUUCGUGCAUUGUUUGCUGUUGCAAGGUGUCAGCAACCAGCUGUGAUAUUCAUUGAUGAAAUUGAUUCCUUAUUAUCUCAGCGGGGAGAUGGUGAGCAUGAAUCUUCUAGAAGGAUAAAAACGGAAUUUCUAGUUCAGUUAGAUGGAGCAACCACAUCUUCUGAAGAUCGUAUUCUAGUUGUGGGAGCAACCAAUCGGCCACAGGAAAUCGAUGAGGCUGCCCGGAGGAGGUUGGUGAAAAGGCUUUAUAUUCCCCUCCCAGAAGCUUCAGCCCGGAAACAGAUAGUGGUUAAUCUGAUGUCCAAGGAGCACUGUUGCUUCAGUGAAGAGGAACUUGAACUGGUUGUACAGCAGUCUGAAGGGUUCUCGGGAGCUGACAUGACACAGCUUUGCAGAGAGGCUUCCCUUGGGCCCAUUCGCAGUUUACACACUGCUGACAUUGCCACGAUAGCACCAGACCAAGUUCGACCUAUAGCUCACAUUGACUUUGAAAAUGCGUUUAGAACUGUGCGACCUAGUGUGUCUGCAAAAGAUUUAGAACUUUAUGAAAACUGGAACAGAACUUUUGGUUGUGGAAAGUAAAUGGGACAAUUGGAAUCAAAAGAUGGCCUAUUUGUAGCCUUUUAGUAUCAGAAACUGGGAAUUUACUAACUGUGCUUUUAGUGUAUAUUUUGAAUUCUUACCUCAAAUAAGAUAGAAUGACAAUAACUGAACUUUACAAUUGAUUAUUAUACAACCCUCAUUUGUCUCCCAGUUAUUACCUGCAGUGUAAGCCUGUGCAAACAAAAGAAGAAUGAACUUUGUUUCUAAGAGGCCUUUCUUUUGAAGAUGUAUAAUAGGAAUAGCAUGCUCAGUUUGAAAUGAAAAAAAUCCCAUUUGUAUAUGAGGAUGUGUCUGAUUUGUAUAACUCUUCUGCUGAAGAAUUUCUUCUGAACACCAUGAAAUUCUUAGUGUUGGCUAGUAUAGGGGUUUACAUUCAACAGUGCUUGCUUAUUGUUUAAUUGUUCUCCCCAGAAGUCAGAGUGAAAAUGCCAGUUUUUUGUUCUGGUUUGUAAUCUCUAGUGAUUUUCUUCCCUUACCAGGUCUAACUAAUGAAUACAUGCUCAGAAAUAGCAAUUUUUAACCUAAUAUCAGAGACCUGUCCACAGAAUUCAAGGUGAAGAAUGUACCUUUUCAUGGGGUAGGUGAUGCUUAAUAAUACAUUCACACUACUUCACAGCCUGUAGUAUUCUCUUUAAAGAUUAAAUGUUUUCACAUUUUUAUAAUGGACCGUUUUGUUUUACAAGUCAUGCAUGUUCAUGGGAGAAAUAGAGAUGAACAAAAAGAAAAUAAAAAUCACUGUUACACUACCACUUUGGGGAACACAGUAACACACACAUGCAGGCUCACAGUGGAGGUCAUGCCCAUGUCAUGGCUGACAGCCUUUCCUGUCUCAGGCCCUGCUAGGUGGAACAAGACCCACUUGCUAAAGAAGCCUCCACACUCACUGUACUGGUCUGUUUUCAGGUAUAAAUUAGUUCCUGACACUCCCAUGUAAAAGUCCUCCACUAGAUUCCUAUUGAAUUGAAAAUAAAAUCCGAAGGCCUUCCUAGAGCCAAACACUAUCCCUCUCACUCUCUUAGCUCCAUCCCACUGUCUCCAUUCUUUUUCAAGAUGCAGCACCCCUUUGCCCAUGCAGGGAGUGUGGUAGGCAGAAUCCUAAAGAUGUUCCCCCAAGAUUCUUGUGCCCUAGCUGUUCAUCACUGGUGUACAGGCACCAGUGAGAAGGCACUUUGCAGCUGAAAGGUGGGUGUGGGUUUCAAGGUCAGGAGGCUGUCCUGGGGCAGGUGUGCCGGCCAAUCUAAGUACCCAAGGCCUCAAAGCAGGAAUCUUUGGCUGGUUAGAAAAAAGAAAAGCAGAAGAAAGGUGUGGCAGUCACAGAACCCAAGUAUGAGGAUUCGGGAUAUAGGUGCCCAUGUGCUAGAGGGAGAGACCUCUGCUAGCAAAAAACAGACACCCUACUAUGUAGCCACAUGGAGCCGAAUUCUGCCAACAUGAAUGAGUCUGGAAGUGGCACCCCCUAGGGACUCCUGAUAUGGGUCUAGGCAAUCUGAUACCCCCUAGGGACUUCUGAUGGCAGACUAGGCAAGCUAAUACCCCCUAGGGAUUCCUGAUAUGACUCUAGGCAAGCUGGUAUCUUGUUGUCAGCCUUGUGGGGUCCAGCCAGAGAAUCCAGCCAAGCCUUUCCAACUUCUGACCUGUGGACUGUGAGAUAAUAAAUGUGUGUUGUUCCAGGCUGCUGAGUUAGUGUUGAUUCCUACAGCAGUGAUUAGAAAGUUGCAUAAGGAGUAAGGGCUUUUAUACUUUCUGUUCCCUGAGUUUGGGAAUCUCUUCCCUUAUCUCCUCUCAUGGCUAUUCCCUUGCACAGUUUCUUUAGAAAGACCUUCCCUGGCCAUGUGUAAAGUAGCCCCCACUAACUCCACACCUGUCCCCAUCACAUUAUCCUGUAUUUCAUUGGUGAAUGUCACUCACUGGAAUAUUUAUGCUUACUGUAUUUUUUUGUUCCUGUCUGCUUCACUCUUCCGUAUCACACCUAUAAGAAAGUUCCUUACAGCCAGAGGCUUUCAUGCUCACUUGAGAACCACACAGGUUUCUCCAGACAUUCUAGAACCCAGUGCGGGGAGUCACCCAGAGAAGAGCAGCUCACUGAGGGAGACCUUAGUUCAGGAGACCGAGCAGACCCUUGAGAAUUCCUGGACCCAGAACGCAGGCAGCCACCACAUCAGCUGCUGUGUCACAAUAUUGCCACAAACAUAGCGGCUGAAGACAACCCACGUUAGCAGUUUCAGUGUCUGUGGGUCAGUCUUGCCUGGGUCCUCUGUGUCGGGCUCAGAGAGCAGCAGUGCCAUGCGAGGCUCUAAGGGAAGCUCCACAUCCAAACUGGUAAGGGUCAGGGCAUGCAGUUCAUUGCAGGUGGCUGGACUGGGGACCUCAUUUUCUUGCUGUCCUGCCCACAAUUUCUUGCCAUGCAGGCCUUCCCGGCAUGGCUGCUUGCUUCCUCGAAGCAAGUGAGGGAGAGAGUCCUGACAAGACGGGCAUUAGUCGUCUGCACGGCAGUCACACAAGUGACCUCCACACCUUUGCUGUAUUGUGUUGGGUAAGGGUCCCACUUAAAGCUAGUCCCACCACAGCUGUGAAGCAAAGGCUAGGGAAACAGGAGGGAGUUCUAACCACCAAAAUAAAAAUGUUAGUGGAAGGACCAAAACAAUGAAAAAGGCUGGACCAAACUAGUGAUAUGGAAGAAUCAGAUGUGGCGUUACUUCAGAAUUUUCAGCAGAAAGAUGAAGAGAUGGAAAUUGGAAAUAAGUGGCAUGAAGGAUAGAAUCCAGGAAAUUAAUGUCCAUGUAAUGGGAAUUCUAUAGGAAAUAAAAUAGAGGAGAGGCAGUAGUAACGUUAAUAAGAGCUGAUCAUUUUCCUGAGCUAAAUAUAGGAAUUGAUAUAAAAAUAAGUCCACUGAAUGCCAAGUAAGAAUUGAGGAUGGGGAAUAAAUACCUUGGUUGAUAGAGGUUCUCCAGAGAAACAGAAUCAAGAGCAUAUAUAUGGAUAUAUAUAGGAGACUGAUUAUAGGAAUUGGCUCCCAUAGUCAUGGAGGCUCAGACAACCCUGAUUUGUUCACAAAGUUCUGGGGGCAAAUAAUUUUGAGAUUAUAACUAUAGACCCAGGCUAUUAAGUGUAGGACUAAAAUAAAGUCUGAUUUAGACACAACAGACUCCAAAAUUACAUCUCACAAAGUCUUUGGAGGGAAAGCAAAAGGAACCCUCAAGGAUGAUCUAGACACAGUGAAAAACUACCCAGGAUAGAGACCUUAGCGAAAGGAAAGAUGCAGGUGUAACCAACAGCCACAAGCAAAGGAACAAACAUUAUGACUGGGUCUAAAUAACUUUUGAAAAUGGAGUUGUAAAGUUUAGUGAAACUUAAAAAGAGUUGUUAAAAAGCAGUAACAUUAAAAAGAAUCUAAAACUAAAACUCCAGAUGUUUUCAACAGGGUGAGGAGAAUAAAAAACCCCUUGCUGAUUUUUUAUUGUAUGUUUUGUCUGAGGGAAUUUGGUAUAUAUUCUGGUCAAGUCUUCAGGUUGUUUGAAAAUACCUAGGUUUAGGGGCAGGGCUUGGUGACACUGAGGCUGAAAUGGGGCCUUAUGGCAGGUACACGGGUGAUUCAAGGUACAUGCCUCGUAGGGAGGCAGGUUGGGGGGACUCAGGCCCUGUGACUGCACGGAUUGGAAGGGAGCCAUGGGUGAGGACAUCUCUGGGAACACUACUGAAAGCUGUGGGCUUGAUACACAAAACUUGUAGGAGAGUGAGAAAAACCCCAAAGUAGGAACACAUUUCUUUUUUAAAAGGAUAACAUUGUCAGGAAACUGGAAUGCUACUCUUCAAAUAAGAGGACUUAAAAAAAGAAAGAAAAUCAGGUUUUUAGAAUAAUAUCUGUAGAGCACAGGAAGUCAUUUAGUGCAAGCUGCUAUAAACCAAUAAGGCUC